UUUCACAUCAGGACUAAAAGGCAACAAUACAUUAAGUUCCUCAUAUACCCGUUUAAAAUCCAUAAAAUAAGCCGUGAGAGACUUAUCAUCUUUCUCAGCACGGUAGAAUGCCUUACAAACAUCAUAAAUACGGGAGAUAUUCCCUUUACCAGAAUACAGAAAAUCUAAGUAAUCUAUCAAAUCCUUAACAAAUUCACAGUGAUUAAUUAAACUAAUUACCUCACUAUGAAUCGAGUUCCGAAGCUGCAAAAACAACAGAGCAUCCUCCCUUAGCCAAGUUUGUCGUGUAUCAUCUGUGGGUGGAUCUUUAGUAAGGUGAUCAUCCUUAUCAAUGCUACGCAAAUAGGCCCUAAAAGUCUUACUCCACUCCAGGUAAUUCGAACCAUUAAGUUUGUGUUCCGUGAUCUUAGUCAUCACCGGAAUCACAUCAGAAAUAACAUUCUUAUUGUCUGCCAUUUGUUGAGACAAAGAAAACUAACCGAAACGCUAAUCCAAAGUGCUUAUAGCAGCAAAAUAAUCCAAAAUCACAAAUCAAGCAAAUACCGAAAUAGGAUCUGAGAGCCAAACCUCAGAAGUCCUUUAAUGGUGUACUGGAUCAGGCAACAGCACACAGUGGUGGAAUGAGGGGGUUGAGACGUCGCCGGUGAUGUUGAUUCGGGGUUGAAACGGCCGAUCGGCGGCUAAGGUCUCUUCUGAGCUGGGUAGUGAGAAUAAAUAGUCACCCUAGAUUGAUGACCUGCUCUGAUACCAUGUAGAAAGAGAUGAUUCUCGUUGAUUUCAAUUAAUCUGUACAUGGGUAUAUAUAUACAAUUGAUUCCUAUAAUUGUGUUCUACUAAUUAGGAAGAAAUCCUAAAUAAGAAAUCCUAAAUAGGAAUACAGAAUACAGAAUAUACAGAGAAAUAAUAUAGUGAUUGACUUUCCGUAACACAAGUAUAAUCAACGGUGGGGAUUGUGAUGUACAGAACUGUCAUAACUGUUUUUGGCGUCUGUCAGCAAUGUGGGCGAUUCUGCAAAUGAGGCGUGCGGUGAAGAUUUGAUCACGUCUGCAACGCUUUAACUACCUCGGCUCUGAUUAUGUAGAGAGUUAUUGGAAGUCAUUUCAUCUUCUUCAUGCUUUCCGAUCUCUUAUUCUUUUCGAUCUCUCUAUUAUGACCCUUUUUCAAUCUCUCAUAUCGAGCCCCUCUGCCCGAACUCUCUCCUUCUAGAACUUUCUUCUUUAUCCAACCUGCCUUAGUCAAAGCAUUUAAUUAUUAGGUUACUGAUGCAUCCGCUUCGGUUUCUGUAUGCAAUAAAUGCUCAGGCCCUAUAUAUAUAUGUCUCAGCCUGGAAAACUCUUCCACAUUUCAUUUCUCCUCCUUCCAUUUUUCAUUUCUCCUGUUCUAGUUUCUCCGGUAAUCAUUCCGGCUAUGGUGACCGCUUUUGAUCUUUUUCCGACUAUUCUCUUUGCUCCUCGAUUGAAAAUUUAUGAUCCUGGUGAUCGGAGAAUCAUGAGAACCACAUCUGAUGACAGUGAGAGAACCGGACUAAUUUACCGAUCAAGAUAAAAAAUGUCGAUCGUGUCAAUCUCGAAUCGGUCUACCGAUAUAAUCGGCGAACCGAUUUCGAGUGAGAGGAUUGCUAAUUUCCAUCUUAAUAUCGGUGACUGCCUCUUGAAGUUCAUUUGGCUCCUCACCACAUCGGGCGUCCUGACUGCAGCUCGGUUUUGGUCGAUGACAUCGACGAUGACUUCACUCACCAUCAUGAGAGUCAUAGUCACUCCAUCUGAGCUGCACAUCUAUCCAAUGCCUAUGGCUGGCUUUCUGAUUAAACACAUCUUUUGAUUCAGCCACAAGGCUAGGCUUUGACAUAGGUCCUUACUAGAUAGGAUGUAGUGCCGAUCUUUAGAGAUCACUCAAAUGAUGUAAUCUGACCUUUAAAGGUUCUCUUGAUGAUGUAAUCCAAUCUCUUGGAGAUCGUCCAAACAAUGUAAUCUAACCUUUUGGAAAUGAAAUGAAAUUUUAUUUGAAGUUCAUCAUUUAAUUAUCGCAUUGGUUAAUUUCCGGUCAUAGGAUUAAAGUCGGAUGGUUGAAGUGGAGACAUGCCACGGGAGUUUUAUGUGAUCGUAAGAUUCCCAAUAAGUUGAAAGGAAAAUUUUACCGUACAGCCAUACGACCGGCUAUGUUAUAUGGUAGUGAGUGUUGGGCACUGAAAGAGUCGUGUGCGUCUAAGAUAAGAGUUGCAGAGAUGAGAAUGUUAAGGUGGAUGAGUGGCCAUACUAGACUAGAUAAAGUCCGUAAUGAGAGUAUUAGAGAAAAGAUAGGAGUGGCGCCAAUUGAAGAUAAGUUGAGAGAAGGGAGAUUGAGGUGGUUUGAUCAUGUGAAGCAUAGAAAUACGGAGGCUCUAGUUAGACAAGUAGAGCACAUUAGGUUAGAGGAUAGAAAGAAAAAAAGGGGUAGACCUAAAUUGACUUGGAGGAGAGUAGUACAACAUGACCUAGAAGCAUUACACCUUUCUGAGGAUUUAACCCAAAAUCGUUUAGAGUGGAGAAAGCGAAUCUAUAUAGCCGACCCCAAAUUUUUGGGAUAAAGGCUUAGUUGAGUUGAGUUGAGUUGUAUUGGUUAAUUUCCGAUCUCUGAUGUGCAUAUCCGAUCUGAUCUUUAACUGAAUCGUCAUUAGCCGAUCUGUAGCCCUGAAAAUUCGCACAAUCCGAUAACCCUAACUAGCCAAUCUCAUUUUAUUUAAUUUUAUUAUUGUGUUUCUGGAACCUUCCUGCGACGUGUCAAGAAAGCGAGUCGAUUCCGCUAACCGAAGCGCCGCUUGGGACUUCGUGAGCAUUGAAUGCUCAGACGGGUAUAAAUAGGGGGGAGGUUCAGUCAGUUGCUCUCUUAUGUCAUUUUCAGCACUUUGCAAGCGACUCCAAAAUUCUCUCCUUUUUUCAAGCUUUUCCGAUACUGAUCACAUUCCGGUAUGGGUUUUGAUCUUUUCUUAGUUAAACUUCUUUGGUUUCUUUGAAGAUGAGAGGCGCCGAGGGUCAGAGAGCUGCGACUCCGUCUUCUGUCCACGUUUCGUGGACCUCGGAAGAGGGCGACAUGAUUAGAUCAGGUAGUCAAGCCAGCAGAGCUCUCGUCCCGGUAACUAGUUCGGGUGGCAGACCAAGGCGAGGAGCAUGUUUGAGAAGAGACAACUUGUCAAUUGAUGAGUUACCUUCAGUUUUGAGAGAGCGAUCUCCAAUCUAUAAGCCAGGAGUACAAUCUGCGGAUUGACUCCUUUGAACUGAUCAAAUGCCAUGGCGAUCAUCGGGCCGACCAUUUCUCUUAUGAGGGCGAUCUCAUCAUGGUGUAUGAAGAGCAACUGAAGGCCGGGCUCUGUUUUUCCUUGGACGAAUUUUACAAAGCCGUCCUAAAAUUCCAUCAAGUCUCGGUAGCCCAAGUGCAUCCGAACUCCUAGCGGACUCUAAUAGCCUUCCAGGGCCUCUGCCGAGCUAAGGGACUGGAACCCACAACCAAAGUCUUUGCCGAGCUGCGUAGGCUCGCCCGAAGGAAGGAUGAUGAGUUCUGGUUCGUUCACGCUAAGCCCCAUUGUUCUCUCUUUACCGAUCUUCCUUCUUCAUUGAAGAAUUGGAAGAACCGGUUCUUCAUUUUGAGGAGCAAGAUUCGGAACGGCUUUGAGGGGAUCCCACGGAGUUGGCAACACCGGGUCGCUCCGAUCCCAAAAAUGAUCACUUUAAAUAAGGACAAAGACGCCGUGGUGAAAGAGUUAAAGUCUCAGGCGUCCAAUCAGAAAUUCUCUUGCUUAGACGAAGUGAUGGCCGAACUGAAGUAUUGGAUGAUGCAGCUGAUCACUGAAGAAGAAUAUGAGCUUCAGCUCUCUGACCUCGGCCCUGGUAUGGCGGGCGGUGAUGCUUCCAAGGAGAGCCGCAAACGAAAGAGGGAGGUCUCCAGAAAAGUGAGGGCGAUGAAGGGGGCCGCCACUGCCGAUGCUCAGACCCUUCAUUGUGAAUCAAUAGAGGUGCCAAGCUCUCCAACCCGACCUCAGGAGCAACCGAUCCCUGAGAUAGAAGUCAUCGCCCCAGCUCCUCAACAAAUCGAGCUUCCACCUCCCCCUCCUCCUCCUCCUCCUCCGAGCUCUUCCAACAUAGAAGGGGAGUCAUCUGGUCCCACGGUCAGGACACUUUCCCGGGGCGCACAACUUCUAAUCCAAUCAUUGGAAAGGAACCGUUCUACUAGGGGGAAUCCCGACAUAGCCAAAGUCAUGGGAGCUUCCAUUUGCUUCCAAGAAGAUCGGAACAGAUUGGCGGAGGAGAGCUUGGAUGAUAUCUUAGCUCAGACAAUGAGCUUAGGCUUAGAGGCCAUCACAAACCAGCAUAUUCUCAGAGAGAAACCCCAUGGUUUGAAGAAAGAGAUCCUUAAGGCGGUCCAAGAUGCCUCUGUUGCACAAGCUCAGCUCUCCUCUGCUAACGAGUACAUUGCCAGAAUGGAGGAUCAGAUGAAGCGUUAUGAGGAGAGGAUCGUUGAGGCGGAACGGGAACUCGAAGACUCUCGAGCUGGUUGGUCUGCCGAUCUCGCUCGUUAUGCUGAAGACCUUCAGGCGAAGGAGGAAGAGCUCCGAGCCAAGGAUGAGGAGCUUCAAGCUAAGGAAGAGGAGAGCACUACGAAGGAGGCCGAGGCUUAUGUGAACGCCCAUAAUGACCUUAUGGCCGAGCUGAAGAAACGACAUCCUGAAGAGGACUUCUCCUGGAUGAACGAGCUCGCCCCAUAGGCCGAAGACGAGAGCGACGAGGAGCCGAAGACGAGAGCGACGAGGAGCCAGAGAGAGAGAGAGAGAGAGGAUGAGCGAAAUGUUAAUGUAGAACAGGCUGGGGGUGACCCUCCAGCCGAAUGACUUGUACUUUUAUUUUGAGAUGAAAUGAAAUCCCUUCUGUUCAAUUUCUUGAUGAGA